AAAGGGUUGAACGUGGUAUGCAUCGCUGCGCAAAGAUCUUUGUUCUAGUGAGAGUCCAACACAGCGACUGAAAGUCAGGCGGCGCGUCGCCCUGGCGCACCGCUGCAAACGGCGCCGGGCGCGCUGUGUUCAAUAUAUAUAAUACACGACGGAUGGAAGGUGGUAGUGAGGAGGCAAUCAGCUCUUCUGGCCAGCUGGAAGACUGGGCUGCAGGUGUUGCUGCUGACCUUAACGAGGACCGAGCCGAGGAUAAGCGACGGUCCGUCGACCGGGCCUCGACGAGCCCAGAGCGCCAACGCGCAACUUCAAAUCAAUGCUCUGGAACGCCAAAGCGCUCCAGGCAACUUCAAGAGUCGCAAUCGAGCGCUGAGGAGGACGAACAUGGGGCCAAGGAAGGCCCCGCGGACGGUCACCGAGCAAAGCUUCCACGGCCGUCUUCACCACGGGCCUGUCCGCGCUGCAACAGCAUGGACACCAAGUUCUGUUACUAUAAUAAUUACAAUGUGAAGCAGCCGCGAUUUUACUGCAAGUCCUGCCAACGAUAUUGGACCGCGGGCGGCACGUUAAGGAACAUCGCGCCGGGUUCCGGGCGACGGAAGAGCAAGAGCAAGACCAUCGGUCGGGAGCAACGCGACAGCGCAUCCCUAGCCGACCACCUCUCAGCAGCAGCGCAAUUUGGCCUGCCUGUCAGUGGCCUUAGCCCGGCCCUGCUUACUUCGUCUCCUCCGCCCGGCCUCUUGGCAAGUGGCCACGCUGCGGCCUCGUCUGGCUACGCAAAUCCGCCCUUCCUCGGUGCGCACAGCAGCAUGACGGGAGUGAGGCUAUCUGGCAUGCCGGCGCUCCAGGGCCACCAGUGGGCAGGCGGCAGCAACCUGCCAGCCGACCUAGGCGGCAGUCUGGCGCUCCUAGACCACCUGCAGGCGCAGCGCGGGACAGCCGGAGCCGCCCCCAGUCUGGCGCUGUCCGGGCAGCCGCAGCUGGCUGGGCUGGAUGCCCGGUUGCUAGUGGGCGGCCACCACAGCAACCUGGACGUGUUGUCAAUAAGCACGCUCGUGCAGCCGUUGAAGCAGCAGUCCACUGCGCGCUCGGUCUCCCCGCCACCGUCUUGUACGGCGCCGCCGCAGCAGCAUCAGCAUCAGCAGCAACAGCUUUCCUCGCCCCAGCAGCUCAACUCGCAAUCUUCUCAGCAGCCCUCACCUCCGCAGCUUCAGCGGGGCGGUUCGGUGUCGAACGAAGGCGGCG